CGGAAUCGGAGGUCGGUGCCGAAGGCACUACCAAAUUCCAAAUUGGGACAAAUCGACAAAUGUGACAUUCCAAUCAUUGGAUGUUUUUUAUUCGAUUUGUUUAUUUUCCUGAUAAAGUGAAUUGAUUUGUUUGGAUGGAUUUUGCUGCUGAGUAUGAUAUGAGUUAAUGAUUGUGAUUUGACUUUGAUUUGUUGAUAUUCAUUUUUCAAUCAUGUUCAUCUGAAACUUGCUUCCAGAUUUGCGUUGUGAAAAUGGAGCAUCUAGCUCAAGAUCUGACCGUGGCCCUUGAAGAAUCUGAAAACUGUAGGGCAAUCAGUAAUAGCGGGUCGAAAUGGGGUAUGAGACGUAGAACACGAUCGGCAGGAAACUUGCAUUUGUACAUGAAGAAACCAGGACACAAUCAAUCAGACGAAAGUUCCAGCAGUAAUUCUGAAGUUAAGGUUGAGAGACAGAAUAAUAAGUUGGUUAGCUUUCACCAGUCUGAUUCUGAUGAUAUGUCAUUCAGUAUCACUGUAGCUAAAGCCUUGAAUCAAAGAACAUCAUUGAGAAUGAAAUGUCCUUUGCAAAGAGGUGUCAGUCAUAGUUUGGAGAGUGAUUCUGUCAAUGAACAUUCUCCAGCUGGACCUUAUUUGAGAAGAAAGAGGAAACUGAAGAGAAUGAGCAUUGAUGAAACACCAAUACCACCUUGUGGAAAAAGAAAAAGGUCUCAAAGAUUGGACAUAGUAGAUAGUGGGAGAUCCAUCAGACAUGGUACAAGAAUCAAACCUCUACAUCAAAGUAUUGUAGAUAAAAUAGAGAGGUUUUGUUACCAAUCUUCUGACAUGGAUAAUUCAAAUUCAAUGGAAAUACAGAGUUUUGAUGAGAACUGUGAAGUUGCUAGUGAGAGCAGUAUCAGUUGGAGUGGGGGAGAAGGUCAUGAGGGUGAUGAUGAACUAACUGACUGGGCACCAUCAAUGGAAAAUUCCACUUUCAUAGAUCAAACUGCCAGUAAUGAUACUGAUCCUAGGGAGAUAAGAGCAGGAUGCAGGAGGUUAGGAGAGGAACGGCCAGGUUUCAGCAUCAGCACCAGCGCAAAUGAGAGGGUUGCUCGGUUCCUUAGAGACUCGAGCAAGUCUGAGUUGAGACUGUACGGGGCAGAGCGGGACAAACUCGGUCAAUUGGCGGCUCUAUACUCGUUGGACUUGUGGUUCGAGAGUCCUAGCUCGUCCUUGUUGAGGAAGACCAGCAAUACUCCUUCCAUGCAGCCCACGCAGAGGCAUCAUUCGGGAUUGAACGCGAUUCACAAAAAAAUCAGGACGCAUGACCAUUAUAUAGUGUCAUAAAUCCAUGUAUAUAUAUUUUGUAUUUAUUAACUCACAUAUAACUUGCAAUUGAUGAUUUUUACUUCAAUUGGGGUUGGUUCUUUAGUAUAUAUAAUUUCUUGGAGAA